AUGUUAUAAAUCGAAGUUAUUUGUUUUGGAUUAGCCAUAGAAGUUGAAAGACUUUAAACACUUACAUAAUAACUUAAAUUAGACAUUGCUCAAUUAAAUCAAAUCAAUAAAGUCCAUCUUAAUACAAUUGAUUAAAAUACUAUUCAUAUCCAACAUCUCACAAGAAAAUUAGAUGAAAUUAAUAGAACAAAAAAUCAACUAGAUUAAGAUUAUAAUCAAUUGAAAUAACAACAUGAUUAUGUUAUUGAUAUUAUUUCAUAAAUAACAGGAGAUGAGUUGACAUUAGAAGAAUUGACUGAAUUAAUUGAAGAGCUUAAAAGAAGAUCUCUCAAAUAUGAUGAGAUCCAAGAACUUCUUAAUGGACAAGAUAUAAAUGAGAUUAUUUCUAAAUCAGAACAGUUCAUAAUCUAGUAUAAUAUCAACCAAGAAUUAAAGGAUUAAUUAGAGUAAUAUCCUCAAAUUGUUAUAAGUCUAAAUCAAGAUAUAUAAAAACAAAAACUAGAAAUCUAAAAUCAAAAAUUAUAAAUCAAUCAGUUAACAGAAUUAAAUUCUUAACUUCAAGAUUAAAUAACUUAGUCAUUAUUAGAUUAACGUCAAAAUUCGGAUUUAUAUAAUUCUAACUAGAAUUUAAAUUCCACUUAAUCACCUAAACAAGAAUAAAAUGAAAAAUGGUAAAUUGAAUUUAAGAAUAAAUUAAUCUCUUUAGAAUAAUAAAAUAAAUGUUUAAAAGAAGAAAUGCAAUCCAUAACUAAUCUAAAAAUACAAAUUGAAGGUAAACUUAGAAAUUCUCUUAUAGAUUAAAAUAAACUUUUAUCUGAAAAAGAAAAGUUAGCAAAAGAAACUUUCUAUUUAGUUAGCUUAUCUAAUAACUUUAAAACACAACUAUAAAAUAAAUAAAAUACUAUUAUUGAACUAACUAAUCGAAUCUCGUCACUAGAAAAUUAAAUCAAAAAUAAAGAUGAAAUAUAAAUAAAUUAAAAUAUAGACUUAGAAAAUAUUAAACAAUAAGAGGUUUACAAUUUAAAUUAAUAAUUGACAUAAAAAACUCAUGAAAUCUAAGAAAUAAGUCUAUAAAAUUUAAGAUUAAAUGAUGAAGUGCAAAAACUUAGUGAAUAACUUAAAAAUUCAUUGAAAGUGAACAAACAUUCAAAAGAAUUUUCUCAAUAAAUAGAAAUAAUACAGGAUAAAUUACUUUAAAAUAAAAGUAUUAUGUAGAUGUAAGAUAAUUAAUUACAACUGUUAUAAUAACAAUCUAUUAAUGAUAAAAAAGAAUUGCAAUAACAUUAUUUAGAAAUUAUUGAUUAAUUAAAUAAUGAUUCUUCAAAACUUAAAUUAUAAUUAGACUAAUCUUAAAAUAAAAUUCACUAAUUGGAAGAUCAAUUAUUUCAAGUUAAAUCUGAAUUUAAAUAAAUUAAAAAUUUGUUAGAUUCAAAAGAGAUUGAAAUAAUUAAAUUAAGUGGUUUUAAUAAAAAGAUCUAAGAAUCCAAUGAUAAACAUAUUUAACAAAAUUAAGAGUUAGAAUAAUAAAUUAGAUAAUUAUAGUUUAAGUAUAACUCUUAGUAAAAAAUUAAUCAAGAAGGUUCUAGAUCAUCAGAAUAUAUGAAAUCAUAAGUUUUAGAUAAAGUAAAAUCAGAAAACCAAUAAUAUUAAUAAGAUAUAUAUAAAUUAGAAUUAUUAAAUCAAGAAUUAAUUUAGUAAAUGGCUUCAAUGAAAUUUGAGAUAAAUAACUAUUAGAUACAAAUCACAAAUUUAACAAUGUAGAUUGAAAAUGAAUAAUUUCAAUAGGCAAAUGAAUUAUAUAUAAAAAAUAGUUAAAAUAAAUUAGAACUUGAAUAAAAAAGUAGAUUAAUUACUCAACUUGAAAAAAUGAUUGAAGAAUAAAAUUUAACUAUACAAGAAUAAAUUAAUAAAAUUUAAAUAUUUGAAAAUGAUAAUCUAAAUUAUAAAAAAGAAUUGAAUGCAUAAAAGCUAUCUAUUGAUGAAAAAGAAUUAUUCAUUAGGUAAUUAUAAUAAGAAUUACACUAAUUAAGCAAUUAAAUUAGAAAAAUGUAAAAAGAAUUUGAUAUAUUGUAAGAAAUAAAUUAAAAUAAAAUCUAAGAAAAUAAUGAUUUAAAAACAUAAAUAACUAAUUUAAGGAUGGAAUAGAAGGUUGAAAAUGAAUAAAUUAAACCUCAAUUAUUAGAAGAAAUUUAGAGUUAAAAUAAUGAAUUGUUAAUAUAAAUUUAGGAAUUAAAUUAAUAAAUUUAUGAUAAAAGCUCUCAAUUAGAAUAAAAAUGGCAGUUGAUUGAUAAAUUUAAUUUGAAAAUUAUGAAUCAGAAUGCAGAAAUAUGUUAACUGAAAUAGUAAGUAGUAAUUUAAGAAAAAUAAAUCAGAUAAUUUGAAAACAGUCUUUAAACUUCAUAAUAAAGAUGCGAAGUAGAAUAAAUAGAUAAUUAAAAAAUGAAUGAGAUAACUUAAUUAAAUAUUAAAUUAAGUUAAGUUAUUGAUGAAAAAGAACAAAAAAUACUUAUAUAAAAAUAAGAUUUAUAAGUAUUAUACAAUAAAUUUGAAGAAAUGGAAUAAAUCAAUAAAAAUUUAAUCAAUUAAUUAAGUGAAAAAAAAUCAUUAUGUUCAUCUCAAUCAGAUUAAUUUUCAAAAUCUCUUAUAUCUUCAGAUACUCUCUUCCCAUAGAACAUUGAAAAUGAAUAUUAUUAAUAACUCUAAAUAUUAUAAAAGAAAUACGAUGCUAUUCUUAAAGAAAAUUCAAUGUUGAUUAUUAACUCUCAUUAAAUAGAAGAUUAUAAAAAUAAAAUUGCAUUGUUGUCUUUGGAAGUUUCAAGAUAUCAUAAUUCCUAAAAAGGAUUGUUAAAUUAAAGUGGGAAUCCAAAAAAGGAAGAUAAUACUAUUAAUAAAACAAAAAGUUUAAGUUAAGAAAGGGGAAAUAAUUUAAAAACACAACAAAAUGUUGAUAACAACUAUAAAGAACGUGAUUUAUUUUGCUUGAUAGUUUUAUUGUUUGCAGAAAUUGAAUCUCUAAGAACUGUAGAUGAUGAAAAAAAAAUAGAAGAUAAAUCAAAAGUAUAACGAAUUAUAGAUUAUUAUCGUUAAAAGCCUUAAUGA